CACAACCAGCAUAAUGUUGGUACUCCAAAUUCUUGACCAGAAGUGUGCAGAAUGGCGCAGGGGGAAGUUAACCUAGACCAUGAUAUACCAUUCCUGAUCCUUCCUCCAUAUUGGGCCAAAGCCAUUGUGGGAUUUCUUUCGAUUAUCUGCUUUGUGAACAGCUACGAUGGAGAUUUUGUCUUUGAUGACUCUGAAGCUAUAAUCAACAAUAAGGACCUCAGGGCCGAUACUCCACUUGGUGAUCUGUGGCAUCAUGAUUUUUGGGGGAGUAAACUCAGUAGCAAUACAAGCCACAAAUCUUACCGACCACUUACUGUAUUAACUUUCAGGAUUAAUUACCUUUUAGCUGGAGGCUUCCACCCAUUGGGCUUUCAUAUCAUCAAUAUAAUACUCCAUUGUAUUAUUUCUGUCUUAAUUGUUGAUGUCUUCUCAAUAUUAUUGGGUGGGCUGCAAUACACCAAUAAAGGAAGAAGGCUAAACUUUGUCCCCAAAUCAUCCCUCCUAGCUGCUUUGCUGUUUGCUGUACAUCCUGUGCACACUGAAUGUAUUGCAGGGAUCGUUGGGAGAGCUGACCUGUUGUGUGCCCUAUUCUUUUUGUUGUCUUUUCUUGGCUACUGCAAAGCAUUUAAAGAGAAUAAAGAAGGAUCCCAAUUUUCUACUACUUGGGUUUUGCUGAGUGUUCUCCUUGGCACUAUGGCUAUGCUGUGCAAAGAACAAGGAGUUACAAUACUGGGUUUAAAUGCUCUGUUUGAUGCUGUCGUGAUCAACAGGCUUAAUAUUUUGGAAGUUAUUUUGAAGAUACUUCAUAAAGACAAGUCAGUAGAGAGCCUAGUGGUGUUUAGAAAAGGACUUCUUUUCAGAAUGACUCUUUUGUUAUCUGGAGGAGCCACCAUUCUAUAUGCCCGCUGGCAAAUUAUGGGCACAGGGCCACCAGCAUUUACAGAAGUGGAUAACCCAGCUUCGUUUGCAGCCAGUCCAUUUGUAAGGGCUGUAAAUUAUAAUUACUACUAUUCGUUGAAUGCUUGGCUGCUGCUGUGUCCCUGGUGGCUGUGUUUUGAUUGGUCAAUGGGCUGCGUGCCCCUUAUUAAAUCAGUCGGUGACUGGAGAAUAAUUGCCCUGGUGCUUCUUUGGCUCUGCCUGAUUGUGUUGGCGUGCCAAGCUUUGGGCUCGAAAGACAGCCAGAAGAGAAGAAUUCUUACCCUGGGACUGGGAUUUCUCAUCAUUCCUUUUCUUCCUGCAAGUAACCUAUUCUUUAGAGUUGGGUUUGUCAUUGCAGAGAGAGUCACCUAUCUCCCCAGUAUUGGCUACUGCAUUUUGAUUACCUAUGGAUUCUGUCUGUUGUGUAAACAAGCUAAGAAAAAGAAAUGGCUGGUUGCUGCCCUGCUGGGUCUCCUACUGAUCAACAUGUGGCGUUGCAUCCUCCGGAGUAACCAAUGGAGAUCUGAGGAGCGGCUUUUUAGAAGUGCUUUGUCCGUUUGUCCACUGAAUGCCAAAGUCCAUUAUAAUGUUGGCAAAAACUUAGCUGAUAAUGGCAAUCAAAGUGCUGCAAUCAGCUAUUACAGAGAAGCUGUAAGAUUGAAUCCUAAAUACGUACAUGCUAUGAACAACUUGGGAAAUAUCUUGAAAGAAAAGAAUGAACUUCAUGAAGCUGAAGAGCUUCUCUCACUAGCUGUUCAAAUACAGCCUGAUUUUGCAGCAGCAUGGAUGAAUUUAGGGAUAGUGCAGAAUAGCUUAAGAAGGUAUGAAGAAGCAGAGGAAAGCUACUGGACUGCAAUUAGACACAGGAAAAAAUACCCAGAUUGUUACUAUAAUUUAGGACGCUUAUACGCUGAUCUAAAUCGCCACAUAGAUGCAUUGAAUGCAUGGAGGAAUGCCACGGUGUUGAAACCACAACAUAGUUUGGCUUGGAACAACAUGAUUAUAUUGCUCGACAAUACAGGGAACUUGGCACAAGCAGAAGCUGUUGGAAGGGAAGCUUUGGAGUUAAUACCGAAUGAUCAUUCUCUUAUGUUUUCGCUGGCAAAUGUACUAGGAAAAUCACAGAAAUAUAAGGAAUCUGAAGCUUUGUUCCACAAGGCAAUUAAAGCCAAUCCAACGGCCGCCAGUUACCAUGGUAAUUUGGCUGUGCUGUACCAUCGCUGGGGAAAUUUUGACUUAGCCAAGAAACACUAUGAAGUCUCUCUGAAGCUUGACCCCACGGCAGCUGGGACCAGGGAAAACUAUAGUCUUUUAAAAAAGAAACUGGACCAACUGCAAAAAAAGGGUGAUGUCUGAGGUUUCUUCUCAGGCUCUGAAUGCAGAUUGCACACCAUUUAUGGGUAACGUGGCUACUGAUCGCCAGGGAGAAGCAUUGUCACCCAGGAAUACAGAACACAACAACAUUGGGCAUUCAAAAGUUUCUUGAAAUUUAGCAUCAGAAGUAUUUCAAAAGAAAAAAAAAAAGGCCUAGUUUAGAACAUUUUAUUUAGAAGAUUAAAAGGGCUUGCUUCUCCUUUUCAGUUUUUUUUUUUGAACCAGUGAUGAAAUCUGUUGAAUAUUUAUACUGAUAUCCAAAGCAAUUGCACUGGUAAAGGCCACGUUAAAAUGAAGAGUUGACAUAUUCUUCAGCAGAGCGUAUGAACAGAGAACUGUACCAUUCAGAAAUGGAAAUGGAUGGUAACUUUCGCUUUCAAUAGGAAUUCCAGUGCAGUACUGGUAUGAAAUGUGACCUUGUAAUAAGGACAAUAUCUUGAACAGGGAAAAUUGAUUUGUACAUUUAUGAAGAGAUUGUUUGCUUCAGUAACAUGGAAGUUGAAGCUGUUUUUAUCUGACCAGGCUUUAAUUGCUGUCCACGUAUUGUAAAUAUAUCUGCUGAAAAUGAGAUAUGGUAGGUCCAGAUUUUUCCACUGCAAGAAAACUUUGAAUUUAUACUGCUUCUAGGUUCAGAAUCAAUCUGUGCUUGAUAUCACAUAGGUUAAAGUCACCGUUUGACUGGGUUACAAAGGAGAACUGGCUAUUGAAGUUGGAAAGUUGCGCGUGCCUGGAAGGUUACGUAGAGUCUUUCAACCCUUCAGCUGGGCAGCGAUCAUUACAACUUCAGACAAAGGGGCUUUUUACUCCGGUUUUGAUCUGUUGGUGGCUGUUUUUGUGACCCUGUGAACGGCUUAAAUCCAUACAAUUUCUUGAUGAGUCUUCAAGUUUGCAUUUCCUUUGGUGAUCAUAGCAGAAUGAAAUUUGGGGGGCUUUAAUAGUUCUAUGAGGAAACAGAGGUCCUGCAUAGAUGCUGUAAAAUCCUUCACGUGGAGCACUUCAAGGAUACAGCUAAGCAGAGGAAAUAGUAUCAAUGCAUAAUCUGGAACAGAGUAAUCUAAAAUAAAGGAUAUGGUUGCAAUUGUUAACCAUUUUAUCUGUAUAGAAAGUGUGGGUCAGAAUGAUACCCUGCUAAAAACACACUGAGAGGUCAUCUGUUAGUAUUAUUUCUAGCUUUCUCUAGUAACUUAAGGAUUAUGAAAUAGUUUGUUCUUCCAUGUACAUAUUUAUUCUUGGUGGAGUCUGUAUUUUUCUGUGUUGAAGACAAAGAAAAGGAUAUGCACCAAGCCAGGAACAUGAAAAAGAAAUACAUAUGAUGCACAUAUACUUUAUUCUAGAAUCUUAGUAGGACCUCUGUGGGAGGAGCUUUAAAGUAUCCUUUAGCGUCACAACUUCUGUAUUAGAGAUUCAGUACACUUUAUUAACAAAUUCAGAUAGAUAGACUCUAUUCUACAUUGCGCCAUUUUUGGCCACCAUGGAUAUUUCUUCUUUAGAUACUAAUAUUCCAUCAGACAAGGUACUUAUAGGGAAUACCUUAAAUAUCUAGAAAGCCCACAUUGUCAUAUUCAUUUUAUUAUAGAAGUAGUAGGAAUUGGGGGCUAAGAUUCUGGAAUAAAGUAUGUGUGUACCAUACCAGUAUUCAUUUCGUUUUCCAAUAUUGAAGACAAAGUCAAAUGCUGCCUUUCUUCCUGCUGAAACGUAUAUCUCAAGACAGAUGUUGCAUCAGAUCCAUGCUUAUUCAAUAAUAAGAGCAGUUUUCUGAAAAUGAAAACCUCUGUAUUUUAUUAAAAAAAAAAAUUGCAAUGCAUGUAGUUUGGUACAGUCAGUUUUGAGAGUGCCAUAAUGUUAUAAUUUUGUUUUUCAUCUUUAAA